GUGUCCCCGCGGGUCCCGGUGCGGCGGGGCGGCGCGGAGAGGCGGCGCGGGGCGGGACACGGCGGCGGCCCCGCCUCCAUCCCGCCGUCCCCGCCCGGUGCCAGCUCCGGGCACGGUUCGCGGGAGCAACUUGGCGGCUCGUCCCCGUGCUGCCUGUGCCCGGGCCAGCGCGGCCAUGGCGGGCGGCCGGCCCCGCCGCCCCUAGAGCCGCCCGAGCCACCGAGAGCCACCGGAGCCACCGGAGCCACCGGAGCCGCCGGAGCCGCCGGGAUGAGCGCGCUCGCCUUCGACGACGCGGCCCUGGAGGGGCUGGCACCGUCCCUCGGCCUCUCCGGGGCCAGCGACAUCGACACGGCCCUGCUCAGCGACAUCGACGACAUGCUGCAGCUGAUCAACACGCCGGACAAUGACUUCUCGGGGUUGUUCGACUCACCGUUCAGUGCCCCGGAGAGCUCCGUGCCCCCGGGGCUUCCCUCCACGCCGGGCACCCUCAACACCUUCCUGGGUCCCAGCAAGCCGCCCCCGGCCGCCCCCACCGGCAGCGCCUACGCGGGGCCCCCCGGGAUGGCCAGCUUCACCCCGCCGCCCCCGGCCCCGCUGGUGCCGGCGCCGGCCCUGGGUGUCAAGGAGGAGCCAUCCGUGGUGCCCAGCAGCCAGCCCCAGCCCGGCGUCAUGCUGGCCCCCAGCUUCGUCCCUGCGUCCCCCAGCCCCUUCACUCCCCAGCCCUUGGUGGGCUACCAGAACCAGCACAGCUUCUCAGCUGUGCAGCCUGGGAGUGCGGGGCAGACCCUGCCAAGCCCUCUGCCCACGCCACAACCCAGCCAGCCCGUGACACUGCCCGCCCCCGUGCAGAACGUGGCACCCCAGCAGCUCCUGGCCCCCGCCAGCGCCACCACCCAGUCCGUGUCACCACAGAUCCAGUCAGUGCCGGUUCUGCUGCAGCCCCACUUCAUCAAGGCUGACUCCCUGCUGCUGACGGCCGUCAAGACAGACGCCAGCAGCGCCAAGACUUCCACCAUGGCCUCCCUGGCCACCAGCGCCGGCGGCUCUGCCACGCCGCUCCAGGUGCCGGCGCUGGUGAGCGGGGGGACCAUCCUGGCCACGGUGCCGCUGGUGGUGGACGCGGAGAAGCUGCCCAUCAACCGGCUGGCGCCCAGCGGGAAGCCGGCGCUGGCGCAGAGCCGCGGCGAGAAGCGCACAGCGCACAACGCCAUCGAGAAGCGCUACCGCUCCUCCAUCAACGACAAGAUCGUGGAGCUCAAGGACCUGGUGGUGGGCACCGAGGCCAAGCUCAACAAGUCAGCGAUCCUGAGGAAGGCCAUCGAGUACAUCCGCUUCCUGCAGCAGAGCAACCAGAAGCUGAAGCAGGAGAACCUCGCCCUGAAGAUGGCCAUGCAGAAGAACCAGCCUGUGAAGGACCUGGGGACGCACUGCAGCCGGGGGGCCAAGGCAGAGGCCCCCAUGGAGGUGGUGAAGGCAGAGGUGAUGGAGAUGCUGACGCCGCCGCCCUCAGACAUGGGCUCACCGUCCCACAGCAGCCCGCUCUCGCUCAGCGGUGGCAGCAGCAACAGCAGCAGCGACUCGGAGCCCGACAGCCCCCUCUGUGCCCCUGGCAAGGUGAAGCAGGAGCACCCUCCACCCUCGCCCAGCAGCCAGGGAAUGCUGGACCGCUCCCGCAUGGCCCUCUGCGCCUUCGUCUUCCUCUGCCUCUCCUUCAACCCCCUGGCCUCCCUCCUGAGGGGUUCUGCCUCCCCGGCCCCCUUGGGGAGCCAGGACACCGCUGGUCCCGGCAGGAGCAUCAUGGCUGAGUCUGGCACUUUGGAGGACCCGCGGGGAUGGACGCAGUGGCUGUGGCCCACAUUGGCCUUCUGGGCGCUGAACGUGGCGCUGGUGCUGGGCGCGGUGGUGCGGCUCUUCGUCUGCGGGGAGCCCGUCACUCGCCCCCACUCCGAGCCCUCCAUCCUCUUCUGGCGGCACCGCCGGCAGGCCGACCUCGACCUCGACCGGGGGGACUUCGCGCAGGGCGCCCAGCACCUGCGGACGGCGCUCGGGGCGCUGGGGCGGCCGCUGCCGGCCUCCCACGGGGACCUGGCCUGCAGCCUGCUCUGGACGCUCCUGCGCCACCUGCUCCAGCGCCUCUGGGUGGGCCGCUGGCUGGCUGCCCGCGCCGGGGGGCUGCGCCCGGACCCGCCACCCCCUGCCCACGUCCGCCAGAGCGCCCGCGACGCUGCCAUGGCGUAUCACCGCCUGCACCAGCUGCACCUCGCCGGGAAGCAGGCUGGGGGACAUCUGCUGGCCAUCAACCUGGCACUAAGCGCUGUCAACCUGGCUGAGUGCGCCGGUGACGCCAUCUCGGUGGCAGCGCUGGCCGAGAUCUACGUGGCGGCUGCCCUGCGGAUCAAGGCCAGCCUGCACCGCUGCUUCCACUUCCUGGCGCGCCCCUUCCUCUGCAGCGCCCGGCGCGUGGCCCUGUCCCAUGGUGGGGCCGUGCCCCCCGCCAUGCAGUGGCUCUGCCACCCCUUGGGCCACCGCUUCUUUGUUGACGGGGACUGGGCGGUCAAGGGUGUCCCCAGGGAAACCAUCUACAGCUCCGCCGGCAACCCAGUGGACCCGCUGGCUCAGGUGACCCAGCUCUUCCGUGAGCACCUCCUGGAGAAGGCGCUGUGCUGCGUGGCCAUGCCUGAGCCCGGCCGUCCCACCGCCCAGGGAGAGGGGCGGUUCUCCGAUGCCCUCGAGUACCUCCAGCUGCUGAACGGCUGCUCGGAUGUCAGUGGCACACCUGGCCCCACACCCUCCAUCACCUCCGGCUUGGCAGCUGUCACAGGUGAGGCUGGCAUGUCCCUCAUUGGGGUCACUUCAUGUGGGGGCCGUGGGGGUGGAAACACCCUGCUCCUGUGUCCUUCCUGCCCUGCAGGCACCGACCCAGUGUCCAAGUGGUGGGCAUCCUUCAUUGGCAUCGUUAUCCACUGGCUGCAGGGAGAUGAGGAGGGGGCUGAGCGCCUCUACCCGCUGGUGGAGACCAUGCCCCGGGCACUGCAGAGCUCUGAGAAGCCCCUUCCCCGUGCUGCCCUGCACUCUUUCCGAGCUGUCCGUGCCUUGCUGAACAAACAGGAUGGGAGCCAGGCCACCCUGGGCCACUGUGAGAAGGCCAGCAGCUGCCUGCGGGAGAGCCUGGAGCUGGGCAGCCCCCCCAAGGGCACCAUCGACAAGGCGGUCCAGCUCCUGCUCUGUGACCUGCUGCUGGUCACCCGCACCAACCUGUGGCAGCAGCAGAUGGGGGCGAGCCAGCAGCGCAGCUGCCUCUACCAGGCAUCCGCCCUGGAGCUCCGCGGCUUCCAGCAGGACCUCAGCAGCCUGCGGCGCCUGGCGCAGACCCUGCGCCCCGCCAUGCGCCGGGUGUUCCUGCACGAAGCCACCGCCAGGCUGAUGGCCCGGGCCAGCCCCACGCGCACCCACCAGCUGCUGGACCGCAGCCUGCGGAGGAGAGGGGUGCAGGGCAGCAAGACAGCUCUGUCCCCUGCAGCUGGCGAGCCAGAAAGCCACCCCACGCCCCGGGAGCACGCCGAGGCGCUGCUGCUGGCCUGCUGCUACCUCCCGCCCAGCUUCCUGGCGGGCCCGGGCCAGCGCGUGGGGAUGCUGGCCGAGGCCGCCCGCACGCUGGACAAGCUGGGCGACCGCCGGACGCUGCAUGACUGCCAGCAGAUGAUCAUCAAGCUGGGCAGCGGCACCACCGUCACGUCGGGAUAGGUGGGGAAGGGGCCGCCAGCCCCCCUGCCACCCCCGCGGGUGCGGGAUGCGGGGUGGCGGGAGGCCGUGCCUCAGUUUCCCCGCAGGGUGAUGUUAGGGCAGCGGUUUUGGGGGUGAAGGGGUGGGUGGGGAGGGGGCGGGUGAUGCCUGGUGGAGGUGGCAGCGUGGGGCGGCCACACGUGGGGUACCCUGGGUGGGCUCCCCCCGACCCCCGGCCGUGUCCGUGUCCCCAGCCCGCGCGGGGGACGGGGCGUGGGGCCCUCUAGUGCCACUGCCGCAGUAUUGCAGGGCACCGGCGCGCGCGGCAGCGACCCCCGGUGCCACCCGACCCCCCCGGUGCCACCCGCAUCCCCCCGCUGUCACUGCACCCCUCCGGGGGUCCCACCGCUGCGGGACCCCUUGGCUUGGGGGCUUGCUGCUGGAGAUGUGGCCCCACGGCAGCGGGGACGUGCCCCCUGCCCAGCCAUGCCCUUGGUAGGCAAGAGGGGACCCCCACCCUUCCCCCUGCUCCGAUCCCCCGCAUUGGGAGCUGCCAGCACCCCGAGCACGGACAGGCUCUGGGAGAAGGGCUGGCAGGGUGGCAGGGGGCUCCUGGGGGGCUGGUGGGUGCCCCUGUGUCCUCGCUUCACCCCCUCUUGUACAUAGACCCCUCCCCUCGCCUCCCCCCACUCCCCCUUUCCCUUUUUAAACGGUAUUUUCAUAGUUGGAGAGUUUUGUACAGACAAUUAAAGCUGAUUAUUUAUACUGGUGUGUGCUGGAUUGGAGGGGGGCUGGCACCAAAAGCGGGGGGCAAGGGGCCCCCCACAGCUGUGGACACCUUGUCCCCACAGGGCUGCACAGGACGGGGGGACACGGGGGGCAGGGAUGGGGACACUGGCUGCUGAGGGACCCCAAACACCCCCUCUUUACCCCGGGGUGCUGUCCCCACACCCCCUCCCCUCCAUCGAGACCCUUGGGGACAAAGGAGCAGGCAGGGGCUGUCACAGCCCGGGGGGGACCCCAGCAGCCCCCCAAGGAUAAAGAGAGGCCACGAGCAGGGCGCCACGUACUUCCAAAACAAUCGUUGUAUCUUUAUUGACGCUCUGAAUGCAAUGACCUGUUUUUUUACUCUUAAGGAAAAUAAACAUCUUUUAGAAACAGCUUGUUACACACAAUCUUCAGUGUGAAGCAAUAUACUAAUAAGAACACUAGUCUUAACAUUUACAGUCUUCAUAUAUAUUAUAUAUAUGUAUAUGUAUACAUAUAUAUACACUAUAUAAUGAGGCAAUAUAUAAUACACACGGUUUACCAUUUUACAGUCAUAUGUACAAGAUGUCACUAAAAAUAGCCAGAUUUCAGGCAACACUGCCAAGGACACGGGAUAUUUUUUUCUCUUUAAAUUAAUUUAUUAUUAUUAUUAUUAUUAUUUCUCCCUUUAAAUUUUUUUUUCUCACCUCCUCUUUUUGUUUUUCACUCCUGUGUCCGAGGCAGCUGCUGAAACAACAGACAUUGUGUGGCCAGCAAACCUUGGGGUGGGUGGGAUGGAGGGGACACAAGGUGGUGUGGACACGGGGCGCUGGCUCUGCAGGGGACAUGGAUGGGAGCAGCAGCGUGCCCCCCUUUGCAGGGUGCUGCAGAGCUUGGGGGACGUGUUGGCUGUUUUUAGGAUGAGAUUUGGAGCUGGUUCACCCUGGGCUGCUUGCUACCUGUGUCAGGGUGACACAAAGAUGGGCUGUGGAGCCUGGGGACGUGGGCAGGGGUCACUGAAGUGUUGGGCAGCCCCCCAGCUCCACUGAGGUGGCCAGAAAGCAAAAGCUGAGGGAGCUGAGCAAACCCAGGGCAGCGAGGGGUGAGCCAGGCCCGUGUGCAGGGAGGAAGCAAAUGCCUCCUCCUCCUCCCCCAGGUCAGCACGCAGAGCUGUGGGGUUCAGCACAAGCACAGGGAGCAAAGCCCCCGCGAGAGGAGCCACAGAAGGGGGAUGGUGAGGCCAAGCACAGGCAGGAGGGUGGGUUUGGGGUCCUGGACAGCAGGACCAGGUGUCCCCAGCCCAGCAGUGCCAGCGCCUUGUGGAGUGGCAGGGUGGGGGUGCAAUGAGUCAGGGUUUGGGGUUUGGGAGCGGGGCUGGGGCAGCCCGGUGGGUGCCC